CUCGUCUCAAGCCGUCUAUUCGAGCAGAGAAACAUUUGUCCAUAGAUCGACCAAACUUCCAGAGGAGAAACUAAAAACAAUCUCCGAGCUAGAGAGAGAACUGGAGGGAUUGGUAUGAUAGUGCUGUAGCGUGGUCUCGGCAAGUUCCCUUACGUGUUUCUGUAAAUAUCCAUGCAUUGGCGGGGUGUUUGUUGGUAAGCAUUUUUUUCAGGGCUUUGGAGUUUCGUGGGGUUUGCAUUCAUAAUGUUUGAGGACCCAGAAAUACCGACGACUGUUCUCCUCGUCAGCUCGUUAGUGGUGCAGUUGUUGCUGUCGUGGCAAUCGAGAGACGAAGUGGAGAAUGGGCACAAGACGGCAGCGUGUGCACAUGCUCGAUCUCUUCUUCGUCGACGAACAGGCUUCGUUAAUGUCAGUCUUUCAAACUGCAAGGUGUCAUUCUGGACGCUUUUCGUAACUCACAUUGGCUAUUUGCAGUGGUAGGCGAUGUGCUUGUGAAGAAUGCUAAUCCAACUCGUUCCAUUUACAAUCGAGACAUCUGCAAUAUGCCUAACCACAUGGAAUUCGCCCCCAGCAAACCUCCCAGGUGGUGAUUCCGACGUGGUGUCCCAUCAUGAAUCCAGUUCGUCGUGCACUGUCUCUCAAUACACAUUACAGCGGCGGGUUUCGUGAAAAUCCUUUAAACCCUGUUCUUGCACUGAAACAUGUAUAGAGCACAUUCGAGAGCAUGGACUCGAGACGUACAGGCUACAAAUUUUGUAAAAUUCCUCCACUUUUCCGUGUUGCUUUGACAUUCUUCAGAUUGCGAAGUGUCCAGCAGUGAAAACCCAAAACCCUGGACGACUAAGGAAGCUUGUCCUGGCUAAAACGCGGAGGCAAACCGCAGGGAAGCGUCGAAGGGCGAGGCUAUGCUUGGGGGACGGAGAGGAGCAGUAUCAAGAGCGAGGACGGCAAGCAGCGGAGGGAGAUAAGAUUUAAAGAAGCGCCAGCUUUUCUUGAAUUGGGGUUGUAAUUUGGAGCAUUAAUCCCUUGAUUAGUGGAGGAGGGCGCUGGUUUGUUUGAGUUGCAACUACCUUCGAACAUGAUGAUUUCUGCUCUCAAUCGAUGGACAGCAUACUCUUCUCUUGUCUGGUAGAAGCUGCAUCGGAGCCUCGACUUGCCCUUUUGUUCGCAAAUUUCACCUCGUUCUUCAUUUGCACCAUUCCAAUCUUCCCAACCGAGUUAGCAUUUUGAACUCCUUUGCACACCUGUCUCCCUGCAUUGGUUCGUUGUUGCACUACUACUGACGCACUGGCAUGUUGUCGGAAGGUUUGGGAUUCUGUGUCGAUGGAGUAAAGGGUAUCCUGCGACUGGAUUUUAGCUGGUAGUGCGGUCAAACAUUACCAUGUUUGUUCUCUAUCUUCGUCUUGGUGCUUUAUAGGAUUCACCUGCUGAAUUCUUCUCAUUUUUCCAUAGAAUUUUUUUAUCGCAGAUUCCAAUUUGAGGAAUCGUUGCUAAAUACAGGUUCAUUAACACCACGGAGUUUUGUUGUACAUGCUACUAUAGUGUGCAGCAAGUGUAGCUCUUCUAGCGUCAGGCUGAUCGACAUUUAAAGUUUUCUUACAAAGGAUCAAUGCAGGAAUUUUGUGGCCAGUUUAGGUGCAUUAGUUAUCUUCAGUUAGCGAACAUAUUGAAGGAGAUAUGUGCACCAUUGAACUUUCUGUUUUGUUUGCCAUUGAAUGGUGCCAUCCAACAAAAAAAAUGGUAUUGAUGUGUCCGUUAGCGAAAUAGAUCUAACAGUUGAUGGCGAUUCGAGGAGCACCUGUGGCGGUCUUUGGUGGGCAAUUGUUGCAGUGGUGAUCCAAGGUCAAGGAAGGAGGAGCAAGCUCAUACAUGGCCACGCAAAAGUAAAAGUAGAAGUCAAUGAGCGCUUUAUUACAAAUUGCCCUCUGAUGGGUUUGCUGAUGUCUCAUUUUCUAAGGUAUGGCGGCUCAAAUUGGGGAUGGUGAAGUGACUGAGAUCAAAGAAGAGGCAAUUGACAAGCCAUCUGCUAAGCGCAAGGCAGAUGCUCCAAGUCACCGGAAAGACAAGACUUCACGAUGUCUUGUGGAUUCUUCGCACGUGUGCGCGUUGGAAGCUGCUUUUCAUCAUCAUUUUGCAGUGUACAGUAAGGAUCGGAAGACUGUGAACCAAAUCAUUCCAAGUGUUGUUUGGAAAGCAGUUUACUCUCAGUACAAAAGAAUCUUUCCCAACUCAAAAUUUCAGCAAGAGAGCCUGAAAGACCGCCUUCGAGAAAUGAUUAAGGAAAAGAAAACUGAAAAUUCUGCCCAACUGGGCACAGAGAAAGCUGUUUCGCAAAGUGAGGAGGUCCUGAUCCACUUGAAAAGCCCUGAUGAGUAUGCAAACGGAAAUGAUCCAAGAAGUAGACGAUUCUUGAUUGAAGAGAUACCUACAGCACUUGGCUCAGUUGCAAAUCCGAGCUCCAGUAGGUCUGAUGUCCCCCCAACCUGGCUUCCAAAUGCCCUUCUGGCCAGUCAAGAAAAGCAGAUGGUAAAAGUGCAGAUGUUGCAACAGAAAGUUCCAAGCAUUGCUUCCUUGACUACCCAAUUUCAAGAUUCCUCUCAGAAACAGGAUGCUUUGUUAAGUGCCGAGCUAGCUAUCAGUUUAGAGAAGCUGAACAAGCACAAAAUUGCUAACCUGAAGAGUGCUAGAGAUCUAGGAGUGAUCAGCGAGGAGGAGUUCAAAGAGAAGGUUAAAACACUUCUGAACCUGUAGUUCACCAAUGGUUUUACAUGUGAUCAAGUUGGUCCACCCAGCAGCAGUUACGAUGAGCUACCAGCAACUUCCUCGAUAUAAACUAAUUGCACAAAUUACUAAAUAAUUAAUAAGUAGCAGCUAUGAAAUCA